AAUCGGGCCAUGAUCAAUCUUGAUUUCGGUCAAUUUAUACUGAAAGAAGCCUUAAAAUAACUCCAGGCCGCUUCCAUGUUUUAAACGCUGGUUCCCACUUCCCUCCCAUUCUCCGUUGGGUUUCAGGUUUCAUCAUUCUGAGGACGAGACUACAAUGGCCCGCCGCCAGCCAAGGAUACCUUCCCAAGUCGCAAACCCCCCUCUCUCUCUGUCUCUGUCUCUCUCUCUCUUGUUGAAAGAGUACAAACCAAACCAAUUCCAUAUCGUGAUUCCUCCUCUAUGCUUUUUUUAAAAUCUUAAUUGGCUUUGACAAUUGAUCAGUCCUUAAGAAACGUAUGGCAAUUUGUUUAUUUAAAUGGAGAAUUACAGUCCAUACUCGUGCGCUGAUCCCUGUAGAUACCCUCAUCCACCUCCAAAUUCAGAUUCAUACCCACCUUCUUCUCCUCAUCCCUACCUCUGUCUUUCAUCUCAUUCCAUUUCAAACCCACAACCUCUGCAUCAGCCACCGCCGGCAUAUUGGACUUCCAUUACCCACAACAGGAUUGUUCAGAGUCUGCUGGUGUUGGGUCUAUUGGGUCCUCUCUCUCCCUCGUGAAGGUGCUGGUAACUCGUCCUAGUCCCAUAAUUCAGUUUAUUCCCCAAUUGAUGAUCUCUUAGCCACAGUCCAGUGGUCUGAUUAUCAGCCCUUUACCCCUCCAACCACAUUGCCUCGCCCCCAACCUCCAAGUUGCAGAGCCAGAGCGCAAGGUACGACAACCAGGUAGAUAUGGAUGGUUACCGUAGUGAUUCAUCGUCCUCAAGCCACCAGCAUUCUCUUUCAGGUUCAUUACGUCAUUUCCUUCAUUCCGCUUCCAAAUCAAUUGAGGGCUCACGUCACAGUCAGAGUUCUUUGAAGCUGUUGAUGUUGCAUGGGAAUUUAGAGAUCUUGGUCCGUGAAGCGAAAAACCUUCCCAAUAUGGACAGGUUCUCUGAGUCCUUACGAGACGUGUUUGAGAGAGUAUCGGUAGGCAUUAGCAACAAAAUUGAAGGGAACGAGAAUCGUAAGAUAACCAGCGAUCCAUAUGUCACAGUUUCAAUUUCCGCCCAUGUAAUUGCUCGUACUUUUGUGAUCGACAACAAUGAGAACCCAGUUUGGCUGCAACAUUUUGAUGUUCCAGUGGCACAUUAUGCUGCAGAAGUGCGCUUUCUCGUCAAAGACAAUGAUGUUGUUGGUUCGGAGCUAAUAGGGGUUGUAGACAUCCCAGUGGAACAGAUAUACUCAGGAGCAUUGCUGGAGGGAUCCUUUCCAAUCCUUAGUGCUAAUGGGAAGCCCUGCAAACCUGGAGCAGAAUUGAGUCUUUCAAUUCGGUAUACUCCAAUAGACAGAUUGAGUAUUUACCAUGAUGGAGUUGGGUCAGGCCCCGACUAUCGCGGUGUUCUUGGCACCUAUUUUCCUCUUAGGAAGGGUGGGAAAGUUACACUUUAUCAAGAUGCCCAUGUUCAUGAUGGUUUUCUUCCAAACCUGAAGAUAGAUCAUAAGAUGCUGUUCGAGCAUCCCAAGUGUUGGCAUGACAUCUUCAAUGCAAUAAGUCAGGCUCGUCGUUUAAUUUACAUCACAGGGUGGUCUGUUUUCCAUGAAGUCAGGCUCGUCCACGAUGCUGCUUAUGCAUCAACCAGAUCAGACUGUACCCUGGGGGAUCUUCUCAAAUCCAAGUCACAGGAAGGUGUGAGAGUUCUGCUUCUUGUAUGGGAUGAUCCUUCUUCAAGGAAUAUCUUGGGUUAUAAAACGGAUGGAUUCAUGCAUACCCAUGAUGAAGAGACCAGACAUUUCUUCAAGCACUCUUCAGUACAAGUACUACUCUGCCCCCGAUCCGAUGGAAAACAUAGCUGGGUCAAACAGCAGGAAGUUGGAGCAAUCUACACUCAUCAUCAGAAAACUGUCAUUGUGGAUGCUGAUGCUGGUUGUAAUAAGAGAAAAAUCAUUGCUUUUGUUGGAGGACUUGAUUUAUGUGAUGGGCGGUAUGAUACUCCAAGACAUUCCCUAUUUAGGACACUGCAAACUGUUCAUAAGGAUGACUACCAUAACCCUAAUUUUACGGGGCCAACUGCUGGUUGUCCAAGGGAACCAUGGCAUGAUCUGCACUGUAAAAUUGAUGGUCCAGCAGCAUAUGAUGUUCUUACCAACUUUGAAGAGCGAUGGCGUAAAGCUUCAAAACCCCACGGGAUCAAAAAAUUUAAAAAUUUAAAAAAAUCACAUGAUGAUGCUUUGCUCUUGUUAGAAAGAAUUCCUGACAUCAUUGGUGUGCUUGAUACUCCUUACCUAAGUGAGAAUGAUCCCGAGACUUGGCAUGUCCAGGUUUUUCGUUCAAUUGAUUCAACUUCUGUGAAAGGAUUUCCAAAGGAUCCAAAAGAGGCUACAAGCAAGAACUUGGUAUGUAGUAAGAAUGUGUUGAUUGACAUGAGCAUACAUGCAGCAUAUGUGAAGGCCAUCCGAUCUGCCCAACAUUUCAUUUAUAUUGAGAACCAAUACUUCCUUGGAUCUUCAUAUAAUUGGUCUCAACAUAAAGACAGGGGUGCAAACAAUUUGAUACCAAUGGAAAUUGCUCUGAAAAUUGCCAAUAAAAUCAGAGCAAAUGAGAGCUUCGCUGCCUAUAUAGUCAUUCCAAUGUGGCCAGAGGGUGCUCCAACGGGUGCUACUACGCAGAGGAUUCUCUUUUGGCAGAAUAAAACUAUGCAAAUGAUGUAUGAAACAAUUUACAAAGCUUUGGAAGAGGUUAAGCUUGAGAAGACUUAUACACCAGAAGACUAUUUGAAUUUCUUCUGCCUCGGCAAUCGUGAGGCUCUAGAUGGGAAUUACAUCCCAGAUGUACAAUGUCCAAAUGCAGAAAAUACUCCACAGGCAUUCUCCCAGAAAAGUCGACGCUUUAUGAUCUAUGUUCAUUCAAAAGGCAUGAUAGUGGAUGAUGAGUAUGUAAUCUUGGGAUCUGCAAACAUCAAUCAGCGAUCCAUGGAAGGCACGAGAGACACAGAGAUUGCAAUGGGUGCCUAUCAGCCUUUACAUACAUGGGGAAGAAAAAGAUCUAAUCCACAUGGACAGGUUUAUGGGUAUAGGAUGUCUCUGUGGGCAGAGCACAUUGGAGGUCUUGAGGAAUGUUUUAAGCACCCAGGAAGCCUUGAAUGUGUUAGAAAGGUUAGGUCCCUGGGGGAGCAGAACUGGAGACAAUUUGCUGCUGAUGAAGUAACAGAGAUGAAAGGACAUCUCCUGAAGUACCCAGUCGAAGUUGACCCAAGGGGCAAUGUGAAGCCUCUUCGUGGAUGUGAAAGUUUCCCAUUUGGGAGGGACCAUAGUGGGAUCUUUUUUGGCCGUUCAAGAAAAUCUUACCAUCUAAUCCAUGAAACAAUCCAUGAUUGCAGCAACAACCAUGCACAGUCCACAGCUGUCUUGAAUUUUAGAGAUCUGUAGUAGUAGCCAAUCAAGCUAAAGUUCAGAAGACACCACAGACGGACAAGGUUUAUACUGUUGCUCUCCUGAACUGUAAUUUAUGUGUAUGUUUGCACAAUUGCACCCCAUUAUUUGAUGUCACAAGUCACAACUCAUCUCAUUCAUACCAAACCACUCUGAAGAUGUAUCGAUUAGAGAGUUAUAUGUUGUAUAAUUGCACUGGGUGGAGUUGUGGAGAUAAAUAGUGUAUAUUUAUGUGCAUAGAGUAAUGGAAGGAUUAAAUUCUUUGCAA